GAUGGCGGUCGACUAAGGAUGACCGAAAGUUCUACCAAGAGUUAACUAAGAAAGAUGCAGGUUUCACAACCUAAUAAUGUUAAAAUUUAUAACUUGUCAGCAGGAAAAUCUUUGCCAGAGUGGCUUUCCGAAAGAAAGAAGCGAACCUUGCAGAAGAAUGAUAUUAACAUUAGAAGAAGAAUUGAACUUCUCCAGGAUUUUGAGAUGCCAAUUGCUUCUACAAAUGUGUGUGUUUCUGCAGACAAACAGUACAUAAUGGCUUCUGGGGUUUACAAACCUCGAAUUCGCUGUUAUGAUACAUCAGAACUCUGUAUGAAAUUUGAAAGAUGUCUGGAUUCUGAAAUUGUGAAGUUCUGUAUAUUGUCUGAAGAUUAUUCUAAGAUGGUGUUCUUAACCUGUGAUCGCCAUGUGGAGUUUCAUGCACAGUAUGGACGUUAUUAUCGCACCAGGAUUCCCAAGUUUGGACGUGACCUUGUUUACCAUUAUCCAUCUUGUGAUCUUUAUCUCGUAGGAGCAAGCUCUGAAGUAUACCGACUGAAUCUUGAACAGGGAAGAUUUUUAACUUCUAUUCAGACCAAUGCUGUUGAGAUAAACACCUGUGACAUAAACCCCGUGCAUCAACUUUUUGCUGCUGGAACAGCUGAGGGACAUGUGGAAUGCUGGGAUCCCAGGUCUUGCAGUCGUGUUGGUUUGCUGGACAUUGGACUUGGUGGAUUUGAUUACCAAAGUUCAGACAAAGUCCCAGCUGUCACAACACUGCUGUUCAAAGAUGGAUUGACAAUGGCUCUUGGGACAAGUACUGGGCAUGUUUUGUUGUAUGAUCUUCGGUCCACCAAACCUUUGUUGGUGAAAGAUCACCGAUAUGGCCUACCCAUCAACAGCAUUGCCUUCCAAGAUAAACUAGAUGUUGUGUUGUCUGCUGAUUUAAAGAUCCUCAAAAUCUGGGACAGAGAAACAGGAAAGCCCUUUACCUCCAUCGAACCACCCACAGACAUAAAUGAUUUAUGCUCCUAUCCAGACUCAGGUUUAGUUUUCAUGGCAACUGAAUCCCCCAAAAUGCUUGUUUACUAUAUCCCGGCUCUCGGCCCAGCUCCCAGGUGGUGCUCGUUCCUGGACAACUUGACUGAAGAGUUGGAAGAGGACCAACAGCCAACAGUGUAUGAUGAUUACAAGUUUGUCACUAAGCAAGAAUUGGAAAGUUUAGGUUUAACGCAUUUGAUGGGAACGAAUCUGUUGCGUGCUUACAUGCAUGGGUACUUCAUAGACAUUCGACUUUAUCACAAGGCCAAGUCUUUGGCAGAGCCGUUUGCGUUUGAAGAAUAUCGUAAGAAACGAAUCCAGGACAAAAUUGAAGAAGAGCGCGCCAACAGAGUCAAGCUGAAGAAACUACCCAAAGUGAACAGAAAUUUAGCUGAGAAGCUGAUGGACGAGAAAAAAGAUAAGAGAAAAGAAGCAGUUGAAAAUUCGGAAGUGAGUAAUCCGCUGGGUGAUGACAGGUUUUCAGCCAUGUUCUCCAACCCAGAUUUCCAAGUGGACGAAGAAAGCCAGGAAUUUAAACUUCUCUAUCCUGUUGUGUCCAAACACGACCGAGAAAGACAGAAAAAACAGAGAGAAAAACAAGCGUUACUGGAGCAAUUUGAUGAAAUUGAGGAGCCAGAAGGUCGAGCGAGUGAGGAGGAGUCAAGCAGCUCAGAGGACGAGCGGGAAUGGCGACUAGAACAGAAGAAGCAACGAAGAGAGGCUAAGAUGAAUGAAGAGAAACAUAUCGCUAACAAACCCAAGUUUUACGAGCUGAAAUCUGGAGGAAAUUUUAGGAGCAUGAAGUCUGGCAAAUCGGCAUCGACUUUGAGAGAUAAGAAGAUAUCCCUCGGAGAACGUCUCCUUCAUGAACAAAAUUCUGGUGUAAUCAGAUCAACUGGCUCCUCUUUGGGAGAAAAAGAAAUCACGUUCCAAGUUAAAAAGAGCAACAAAGAGAAACAAAGAAAUGAGGAAAUUCGUGCUCAUGUUAAAGAAAGGAAAAGGCUUCGCCGAUCAGCCACGAGUGUUCUGGGGAAGGAAAAACGCGGGCCGGUGUUUUGGAGAGGAAAAAGAGUUAGAUGACAAAACACAAAAUGCAGUUGAGGGAGACGGCAUGAAAAUGGGAUUCUGUUUGGAGAUCAGAGGGGCAGCAAGAACAUCUGUUCGGGAUAGGACUGCCGACAGUAUACUGGUGAAUAGAAACGAGGGUUUCCCAAAUGAAACGGGUUCAAGCCUGCCUAGUUCCAAGGCUUUUCCUUUAGCCUGUCAUCAGCAUGAAGUCUGGGAAGGAAUGUUAGGUGACGUCACAGUUUAAUGUAGAGGCCAGGUUCGACGGAGGUGUGAACGCUUAGCAACAAAGCUGAACAAGUUAGUCCCAGCGCUGGUUUAAUUAAUAGACUAAUUGAUAGGAUACUACUAUAGAGGGCUGGUCUUAAAUUCCAACUGCAGAUUCCAAGUACUCUCUCUUAAGGAGUUCUUGGCGCUUUUCAUGACAGGUUUUAACCGCGAUAUAUCUGAUGUAUCAAAGUUGUGUUCGUUGUUUCUUGCGUAUUUAAAAGGAGGUGCUGUCACUAUGGAAAGGAGAAAGCGAGGAUGGUGACAACUGAACGUUAAUCUGACGAACUGUUUAUAAAAAAUCGUACACUUUUGAAUUUGAUGUAACGUUUGAUGUGGAGUGUUGGUCGCAAACAUUCUGCCGCGCGUUUUCCUAGACAGUUUAAUAAGAUGAUGGCCAAGACCUAGAGAAGCCCAAGCGAGCAGUUGCAAGUUCUAAUGUGUCAUUACACUUUUUUUUUUAUUUGCUGAUAAAUUUUGAUUACUUUUUACACGUAGCAAACUAUAUUUUAUGUUAUUUCAUCGCGGUGAACGAUUAAAUUUAACAAUCAUUCCACUCGCACUUGUGGGAUAUGAGAUGAUAGAUAGCCAACGAGGCCCGCUAAAGGGUGAGACCAAAAUGAUUCUUACAAGGAAAACGAUAAACGUGAGAGCUUUAAUGAGCUAAUAAAUCAGUGCAACAUUA